UACGAGGGAUGUCUUUUAAGUUUUGCAUAUGGAAAUAAAACAACACGGUAGGUAGUUUUAAAUGAUUUUAUUGUUUUUCGAAGUAUUCUCCACGAAGAUUAAUACACAACUAUUCAAAACGGCAUUUUUUAAUGCGUCAACUGCUUCUUCUGGUGACUGGAACCUUUGAUCACGCAGUCUGUUUUUAAUUUUCGG